AUGCUGGCACGGGGCCGGUGGCUCCUGCGCUGCUGGAAGCCGCUCUUCACCGGCCGCCUGCUGCUGUUGACCAACACGGUGAGCUGCGGCGCGCUGCUGGCCACCGGCGACACCCUGCAGCAGGCCUGGCACCGCCGGCGGCACCCGGACACCGAGCCCCAGGUGGCCCGCACAGGACGCAUGUUUGCCGUCGGCUGCAGCAUGGGCCCGCUGAUGCACUACUGGUACCUCUGGCUGGACGCUGCCUUCCCGGCACGGGGCGUGCGGGGGCUGAAAACCAUCCUGAAGAAAGUCCUUAUCGACCAGGUGGUGGCAUCGCCCGCUCUGGGCGCCUGGUACUUCCUCGGCAUGGGCACGCUGGAGGGUCAGUCUCUAGAGGAGAGCUGGGAGGAGCUGAAGGAGAAAUUUUGGGAGUUUUACAAGGCUGACUGGUGCGUCUGGCCGGCGGCUCAGCUCAUGAAUUUCCUCUUCGUCCCGCCCAAGUACCGGGUGGUUUACAUCAACGUGAUCACGCUGGGCUGGGACACCUACCUCUCCUACCUCAAACACAGGCCUGGCAGCCCCCCGAGCGCCGAGCACGACUCGCCGCGUGAGAACCAGCGCGGUGUCGGGAUGUAAAGAGGCAGCUGCUCUCGGCGACUGCGACUUUUUUGGAGGCUCCUGCCUGCGGCGAGCGGUUUUUUGGCCGUCGCGGCGGACGCGGCUCAACCCACCCAACGAACGUGAUGGCCGGAGACCGCCGCAACCGCCGUCUGCAGCUCGCUGCAGCCUGAGCGGAUCUUGCUGAUUAACUCAUCUACUAAUCGCGAUGAUGGGUUUGGGUAUUUUUAACCAAUCUCGUGUCACGGGCUGGCCUGUAAAGCCAUUUCUUUUUGUACUCUUCCACAGAGCCCGCGCUGCCGGGGCGGGGAGGAGCUGCCGCAGCUACGCUUUGCCUUCAGCGUCCCGGGGAAGGUCCCCAGCGCUCUCCCCUCUGCUGCAGCCAGAUUUUUUUUUUUUUUUCCCCCUUCUCCAGGGCAAGGCUGGCCCCUUGCUCCCCUCCAACACCCUCCUCUGCUUUUCUGCAGAGCCAGCCACUCGCGUCCCUGCCUUGCUCCCGCUUCGGCUGCUUGGCAGAGGGAUGCUGCUCCUCAGCCCUUUCCCUGCUGCUUUUUUUUUUUGUCUUGGAGCUGAGGGGAGAAGUCACUCGGCUCCUCCUCACCUGCUGCCUCGGCUCCCUUCUCACUCCACCUUGCACCCACCUCCCCGGCGCCGCGCGUGGGCUCUGCUGGGCUGGGCUGCAGCCACCCGAUUUUUAUAAAAAUAGCGGUGUGAUUGCGGCCGCCUGCUCGCCGCCGGGUUUGACAGCGGCAGAGUCGACGCGGAGGCGGUUGGGGGUUUUUAAGGCAAAUUUUUUGCCGGGUUUGGACCAUAGCAUCCCUCUCAUCCCAGCCCCGCAGCUCCCUGGGCCAACUGGACGCUCGCUCCCUAACCUGGGAACUUAUUUAUUUCCAGCAUCGAUGAAAACUGCCUAAAUGUGAUUUUUUUUUCCUAAAGCUGUGCCUUACUUACAGCUCUGUCCUCGUCCCUCCUGCCACACACCCCCGGGGGAACACCAUCCCUCCCACCGCAGCGAGCCAAGC